UCAUUCGUAGUUUAGCUGUCAAACAGUUAAGACGGUAUUCGUAGAGAAAUUUUAAAAUAAAAUAACUCGCCAAAUAAAAAAAAUGUCUAGUAUAAAUUUUAAAAGUUUAGAAGAAUGUCUCGAAAAGCACAUACCCGCCGAUGAACUUAAAGAAGUGAAACGUAUUCUUUAUGGAAGAUCAGAUGACAAUGUUCUGGAACUUCCAGCUGAGGCCAAAAAUAUUGCAGCCGAAAAUGGUUUUGAAAUCAAAGGUUAUCGGAUCCUCGCCAAGGAGGAACAAAUGCGUAAACCGCGUCUUGUAAAAAUAGGUGCCAUUCAAAACUCCAUAGUACUGCCCACAACUGCACCAUUGGAAAAGCAACGCGAGGCCAUAUGGAGGAAAGUGACGACAAUGAUAAAGGCAGCUGCAGCAGCCGGUGUAAAUGUUGUCUGUAUGCAGGAGGCAUGGACCAUGCCAUUUGCCUUCUGUACCCGCGAAAAAUUCCCUUGGUGUGAUUUUGCCGAAGAAGCUGAAAAUGGCCCAACCACGAAAAUGUUACAGGAACUAGCCAAAGCAUAUAAUAUGGUCAUAAUUUCAUCCAUAUUGGAACGUGAUGUUGAGCAUGGUGACACAAUUUGGAACACUGCCGUUGUUAUUUCCAAUCAUGGUCGUUAUAUGGGUAAACAUCGUAAAAAUCACAUUCCUCGUGUGGGUGAUUUCAAUGAAGCCACCUAUUAUUUGGAGGGUAACACCGGACACCCGGUAUUUGAAACAGAUUUCGGUAAAAUUGCCAUAAAUAUUUGCUAUGGACGACAUCAUCCACAAAAUUGGAUGAUGUUUGGUUUGAAUGGUGCAGAAAUUGUUUUUAAUCCAUCGGCCACAGUGGGUGCGCUGAGUGAACCUUUAUGGUCUAUUGAAGCCCGUAAUGCUGCCAUUGCGAAUAGUUAUUUCUCUGUAGCAAUUAAUCGUGUUGGCAACGAAGAAUUUCCCAAUGAAUAUACAUCGGGUGAUGGCAAACCGGCACAUAAAGUAUUCGGUCCCUUUUAUGGUUCCAGUUAUGUGGCGGCGCCAGAUGGUACCAGAACGCCGAGUCUGUCACGUGAUCAAGAUGGCCUGCUAAUAACUGAAGUUGAUUUGAAUUUGUGCCGCCAAAUCAAAGAUUUCUGGACAUUCCGUAUGACCCAAAGACUUGACAUGUAUGCAGAGUCAUUUAAACGGGCUUCCCAACUAGAUUUUAAGCCACAAAUUAUUCGUGAAUAGAUAGUUAUUAUUAAAUAAUUAAGUAAUUUGAUAUAAAAAAUAAAAAAACAAUACAAAAAAUUCCAAAAUAAAAUAAAAUCCAAAAAAAAAGAAGAAGAAAACAUCUACUAUAAA